AUGUAUGACAUGCCAUUUGGGCUGUUUGUUGGGGUUAACAACCAUUUUCAGGGCAUCUUGCUGGGAGGGGUGUUGCUUAGGGAUGAAGAAGUAGAAAGCUUCAAGUGGGUUUUCACGGAGUUCCUUAGGAUGAUGGGUGGUGUGGCACCGAGAACCAUAUUGAUGGAUCAGUGCAGAGCUAUGGAAGUAGCUAUAAAAAUGACACUUCCGAAUACAGUCCACCGGUGGUGCAAAUGGCACGUCCUAAAGAAAGCAAAAGAAAGUCUUGGUGCUUUGUAUGGCAAGAGAAUUGAAUUCAGGCAAGAGUUCCACAAGUUUGUCAAGACCAUGUUAAUGGUGGAUGAGUUCCAAGAAGCUUGGGCACAUUUGAUCGAGAAAUACAACCUGAAGACCCACUCAUACAUGACUCAACUAUUUGAAAUACGAGAGAAAUGGGUUAAGCCAUACUUCAAAGGGGUUUUCUACGCAAAAUGUUCACCAGUGCAUAAGUUUGUCAGGCAAUACAUGAGGCUGCAGUUUGACCCGUCAUCUAAUGAGAGCUACGAGGAGAAGAGAACAACAAUCGUGAUGGAUUUUUUGGGGAUGACUGAGAUCUCAGAGAAGCACAUUGUGAAGAGAUGGACAAAGGAUGCUCAUGACAUACUACUAGAGCACCUACAGCACUACGAGUGA